UGUGUGUGUGUGUGUGUGUGUGUGUGUGUGUGUGUGUGUAGGACUCAGCCGGUGAGUCUCUGUACAUGCUGUUCAGGGCCAUAAAACACCAGGUUGAUAAGGGCCCAGUGGAUGCUGUGACAGGAAAGGCCAAGUACACCCUGAAUGACAACCGUCUGCUGCGAGAGGACGUGGAGUACAAGACCCUGACGCUGAACGUGUUGGUGCAGAGUGGGGGGGUGAACGAGUCUCAGCCGCUACCCACCAAGGUGCUGGACUGUGAUACCAUCACUCAGGUGAAGGAGAAGCUCCUGGAUCAGGUGUACAAGAGCACCUCCUUCUCUCAUCGGCCCCACGCAGACUCUCUGGACCUGG